GUGGCGUUGGGCCCGCGCGGGCGCUCGGGUGACUGAGGCUGCUCAGCUCCCUGCCUCCGCCCCUCGCGGCCUCCCGUCGCUUGGCACAGGGCUGGAUGGUUGCACCGGGUAGGGUGGCUCCAGGAUGUUAGGGACUGUGAAGAUGGAAGGGCAUGAGAGCAGCGACUGGAACAGCUACUACGCGGACACACAGGAGGCCUACUCCUCGGUCCCGGUCAGCAAUAUGAACUCGGGCCUGGGCUCCAUGAACUCCAUGAACACCUACAUGACCAUGAACACCAUGACCACGAGUGGCAACAUGACCCCGGCGUCGUUCAACAUGUCCUACGCCAACCCAGGCCUGGGUGCCGGCCUGAGCCCCGGCGCCGUGGCCGGCAUGCCGGGGGGGUCUGCGGGCGCCAUGAACAGCAUGACCGCAGCGGGCGUAACGGCAAUGGGGGCGGCGCUGAGCCCAGGAGGCAUGGGAGCCAUGGGCGCGCAGCCGGCGGCCUCCAUGAACGGCCUGAGCCCCUACGCAGCCGCCAUGAACCCAUGCAUGAGCCCCAUGGCGUACGCGCCGUCGAACCUGGGCCGCAGUCGUACCGGCGGCGGAGACGCCAAGACCUUCAAGCGCAGCUACCCGCAUGCCAAGCCACCCUACUCGUACAUCUCGCUCAUCACCAUGGCCAUCCAGCAGGCGCCCAGCAAGAUGCUGACGCUGAGCGAGAUCUACCAGUGGAUCAUGGAUCUCUUUCCCUACUACCGGCAAAAUCAGCAGCGCUGGCAGAACUCCAUCCGCCACUCGCUGUCCUUUAACGACUGCUUCGUCAAGGUGGCGCGCUCCCCAGACAAGCCAGGCAAGGGGUCCUACUGGACACUGCAUCCGGAUUCAGGCAAUAUGUUCGAGAACGGCUGCUACUUGCGCCGCCAGAAGCGCUUCAAGUGCGAGAAGCAACCCGGGACCGGUGGCGGCGGCGGGAGCGGAGGUGGCGGCGCCAAAGGCGGCCCGGAGAGUCGCAAGGACCCCUCGGGCUCUGCAAACCCCAGUGCCGACUCUCCGCUUCACCGAGGCGUGCACGGCAAGGCCGGCCAGCUAGAGGGCGCGCCGGCCCCGGGGCCCGCCGCCAGCCCCCAGACUCUGGACCACAGCGGGGCGGCGGCGACAGGGGGCGCCUCGGAGCUGAAGACUCCGGCUUCGUCAGCUGCGCCCCCCAUCAGCUCCGGGCCGGGGGCUCUGGCAUCUGUGCCCCCCUCCCACCCGGCGCACGGCUUGGCACCCCACGAGUCCCAGCUGCACCUGAAAGGGGACCCCCACUACUCCUUCAACCACCCCUUUUCCAUCAACAACCUCAUGUCCUCCUCGGAGCAGCAGCACAAGCUGGACUUCAAGGCAUACGAACAGGCACUACAGUACUCGCCCUACGGCGCCGCGUUGCCUGCCAGCCUGCCUCUCAGCAGCGCCUCGGUGGCCACCAGGAGCCCCAUCGAGCCCUCAGCUCUGGAGCCGGCCUACUACCAAGGUGUGUAUUCCAGACCCGUCCUAAACACUUCCUAGCUCCCGGGACUGGGGGUUAGUCUGACAUAACCAAGCAGGAGAGGGGGAAAAAAAAAAUCAAACAAAAUCAUACACACCAAACCGACAACAUAAUAAAAUCCCAGCAACUAUUUUUAUUUAAUUUUUUGUGCACAAUCUUCCCCCUAGUACAAAGGACUGUUACUUUGUUAUUGUAUUAAAAAUGUGUUGUGUAUAUUAUGACAGACAACCAAACCCAAUUUUUUUUUCCUGCAAAGUUUAAAGAUCCAAGGUUGUAUAUAUACAAUGCCCCUCCUUCUUUGCUCCUCUCCCUUAGGUCCCCCUUUUCCCUCCAGACAGUCUAGUUUGUGCAGAGUGUAUUUUUUAAAAACAAACAAAUGGUCAACCUUGUGAAAUAUUUGUUUUGUGCUUUUUCCCCCUCCUUACCUACCCCCCACAAGUUUACAAGUCUGUGGCAAUACUCUUCACCUAAAGAACUGACAUGGUGAAGAAACAAGUAGACACUAGAGGCUCUUAAAAGUAUUGAAGGACAAUACUCUUGUUAUGCAGCAAAACAUAAACAUCAGAGCCAUUUGUUUUUUCAGCUUAGGUUUCUGAUACAUUCAGAUAACAGAUGUCUUAAAUGAAAUACAUAUAUAUUGUGUAUGUACUUAAUUAUGCACACGCUCACAUAUGUAGACAUCUCCCAUAUACAUAACAUACAGAGGACAUAUGUAGGUGACAUACAUGCUGCAUUUUCAAGAGUUGCCUGACCAAGAAGUUACAAAGACCACCCCCUAACCUUGUCCUCUCUGCCACAUUUGGCCUUGAGGAUCAAUUACUCAAGAAUUGCCUUCCUCAAGAACUCUGCUCCUUGGUUUGCAAAGUCCCAUGUCAUGUCAUUCUGAGGUCACAUAACAUGUAUAAAAGUAGCUUCUAUGUAUGUAUACCAUUUAAAGAAUUUUUUCCCGGAAUAAGAAAAAGGAAUAUUACAAUGUUGGAGGAAAGAUGUUAUAGGAAACUGUAUUUCAAAAUUUGGUCCAAGAUUCCAAAAUCCAAUUGACUGUAGCAAUUUUAAUUAUUGCCAUUGUGUGCUUGUUUCAUCCAGUGUUAAUGCACUUUCCACAGUUGGACAUGGUGUUAGUAUAGCCAGACGGGUUUCAUUAUCAUUCUUCUUUGCUUUAUCAAUGUUCUUAAUUUAUUGCAUGGUUUAUUUUUUUUUUCUUUACAGCUGAAAUUGCAUUGAAUGAUGGUUAAAAUUACAGAUUAAAAUGUUAAUUUUUAUCAGUGUGAUUGUAAUUUAAAUAUUUUGAUUUAAAUAAUGAAAAUGAAAACAGAUUCAAGCCGUGAAAUAUGUUCUUGAUCAUUUGAGUUAAGGACUUUAAAUAAAGCAAAUGUUA